AUGGUCAAUGUAGUGGCCGGGGUUAGCCACACCCCCGGGGUUAGCAGAGCUACCCCAAUCCCCGCCAUUUUUGCGUUCAUGGCACUCGGGCAGGACGAGUUAGACGUUUCUCUGGGCCUGCUUGAGCCGGAGACGAGAGCGUUCCUCAUGCGGCAGCUUCAGAACCUGCCGGCACACAGAGGGGACCGGAAGCGGGAUAGAGUGCGCGCGCCCACCGUACGGGUUAGCGCAAAGGCACUGUGGGUCAACGGCAAGCCCCUAGAGGGUAGCGCGAUCCUAAACACCGGGGCCAUGCCACUUCUGAUUGGCCGGCCGGGGCUCGUUCAACUGGGGCUGCGGGAAGAAGACGUAAGUCCUGACGCACUGAGACUGGGGCUGGCGGAUGGGAAGUCAACCAAGCUGUUUGGGGUGAUCCGGAAGCCGAUCAAGUUCACCUUUAACCCCGGGAAGAGGACAGCGCUGAGUUAUCUCAGUGUUCGCGCAGUGGUAACCCAGGCGCCCUACGACUUCCUCGUGGGGAACAUCAUCCUGUGGGACGCCGGGACGAUCAUCGGGGGCGUCAUCGACAGUUGGAGGGAGCAGUUCCGGUACCAAGUCAACUGGCGACACGAUGGGCCGGGAGUGAGCGCACCGGAGGGGUUCAUACCCCUGAUACACGAGAGCCCGGAGAAGGGCACGGCGCCCCUCCCUUGGGCGCUUUACUCAACCCUCCACCGCAGGGGGGGAGAGGUAGACAGUGCGGUGGCUAUUGAGUCGGAUGAUGACGAUAUGCCCCCGCUUGUGGAGGCUUCUGACGACGAAAGCGACACCACAAUCAUUGAUGAGCAGAUCAAGAUCGAGAAGUUCCGUUCGGGACUGAUCCAUGAUCUGAGGGAGAUCACACGCACCAGUCCUGGCGCAGCACAGUGGUAG